CGUGAACAUUAAUUUGAAUAAGACUGAUUUAUAAAUUAGGCGCCCCUCCAUAAACCAAAUACCUACGAGUUGCAUCAUUAGUAAAGAUCGACUUAUGAGGUUUAGCACGCAGUGCACUUUCACGUAUGAUCAUGGGCAACAUUCAUAUUAUCAAUGAUCGCUUAUCCAGCGUGGUGGAUGUGCGACUCCUCGUCAUUCCGCUCGCUAUUAUUCUGUGGAUUGGUUAUGCUGCCAUAUUUCGAACGGAGGCUGUCGACAAGGUGGAAGAACCAGCGCAACUCAAGGAUCCUAUCCCCUUUAUAUUCAAUACUUUCCAAAACUUGACCAAUAUGGGAGCUUUUCUUGAUAGGGCUAUUCCCUUGUUACGUGAGAGGAAAGUUAUUAGGUUCAACCUGGCCUUGAGACCUGUCUAUUGGAUAACGGGGCCCAAUCUUGUUCAGAAGUUGUUUGUCACAAAUUCAUCGUUGAAUUCGAAUAUAGUACCUCUUAUUCUUAUAGAUAAGCUAUGGGGGGUCCCGAAGGAGGAGUCUAAGAGAUUUGCAGACGACAAAACUGGUCGUUUGACGUCUCCCAUACCAGGCACAAUGACCAGCCCAGAUCAAAAGCGUCUAUGGCAUACGGAACACCAGAUCUACGACAAAUAUCUCACCCAACCUCCUUACAGUCAUCAACUAGGUCGGCAUUUCUUUGAUGUGCUAGCGAAGCGGCUUGACGAGUUUCCUACAACUGAAUGGACCACUAUCAACCUUUUCGCUUUUAUGAGGUACGCUAUACCGGAGUGUGCUAUCAUUACCAUGUUUGGGCCUCGAAUGCUUGAGCUCAACCCGGGCCUCGUUGAUGCUCUCUGGGAUGUAGAUGCCAACCUUGGGAAGCUGGUCUGGGGCUUACCUAGCUUUAUUACCCCUCAACCAUAUAAGAUACGAGAUGGCCUACGUGCCAUGAUGGCGAAAUAUCUUAACGCCGCAUGGGCUAAUUUUGACUGGAAUGGACCCGACGCAGAUUCGGACUGGGACGUUCACUUUGGUGCACGAGUUUCUCGGGAGAUAGCGUUAUGGAUGAAAGAAAAUGACCUCUCAAUCGAAACUGCCUCCGGCCACACUAUGGCGAGAUUGUUCGGAAUCAAUGGAAAUAGUGUCCCAUCGGUGACGUGGGCCAUGAUGGAAUCUCUGCAGAGGCCCGGGCUUCUACAAGAUGUGCGAGACGAAGCUCAAAAAGCCAUUACGGUUGACGCAAACACUAGAGAACGCCACAUAAACACGCAAAAACUUCUAGCAUCGCCCCUUUUACAGGCAAUCUUCCAAGAGACAUUACGCAUGCACACGUCGUUUAUGCUGACGCGAGAGGCUCGUGAAACUAUAUCUAUCGGUGGCUACCGUAUAGAGAAGGGGUCGCUAAUACAGGCUCCUACGGAUGUAGCUCAUUACGAAGAGGCCGUUUGGGCUAUUGACGGCCAUCCAGCAUCUGAGUUCUGGCCAGGGAGGCAUAUUCGGCUGGUGGAAGGAAAAGACGAAUCUGGAAAUCCUACCACUCAACCGGAAUUCUUCGCAAAGGCUCGUCCUAGUUCCUUCUUCCCAUUCGGAGGGGGUAAUGUGGUGUGUCCUGGACGGCACUUUGCGAGGCAGCAAAUCAUCAUGAGCCUCGCUAUCAUAGUUUCUAAAUUCGAUAUAGAAUUCAUCGAGUGGACAACGCUAGACGGCAAGAAGUCCGACCGGCCACCAAGAAACAGCAAAGACUUCGCCGGCACGAUAUCAACCCCUCCGGACCGGGAUAUGAAGAUUCGGUGGAAGAGGCGUUGGUAGGAUGGUUAAGCUUAUCGAACGAUCUUAGAUUUGAACACUCGCAAAGUUCGCUAUACCAUUCGUCUUCGUUAUAGCGCACUGUUCGGUAGAUGAAUUGCUAACGCUUCGUCAUCCAUACCUACAUCUAAUCGAGUCGGCUUACAUCCAAUCAUGCGAUCAGGAGUUGCACUCAGUGUGGCAAGAUGAUUAAGUUGUGUAACCAACUGAGUAGUAUCAUGCGAGUGAAUACAAAUACAAGAUUCUAUCCUACCCUCCCUCGUUUCUGAUGCAUUAAAGUUACAUCACAUAGUGGUAUCGAAGCAGGUUGGUGGCCUGGAAUGUCGAAGCACCCGGGUGAGUGUCAGAAAGAGGUGGAUUUGCA